CGUCAAUAUCGAUGGUAGAGAUGGAAAGUCAGACAGUCUUUUACAGCAUCAAAAGUCUACUACUGCUUUGCAUGUACGCAGCGUAACACGUGUCAAGAAAGCCAAUUGAUUGUAUCGAGUCUAACCUAGUGAAAGCUGUUUGCUUGUCCACGUGACAGAUACAAAUACUGGUGAUCAAAAUUGCAACUCCAAUAGAUGAUAAGCACUGAGCUGUUUAAUUGUGACCAACAGAAAGCUGCGAGACACAUUAGCAAUGCAACUCAUUUCACAUACAAAUUCUCAACCAAAGUAGCACAACAGCAGCAGAGGACGGUGUCUCACAUCAUGCAAGCUUUCAUAGCCACUUUUGACGACCAAGGGGUUGAACGCCUAGUAAAAUUUGCUGGAAUCCUUCCUAUGAUGACGAUCCCAGCGCCAUUUUCACCGUUUGGUGGGGCAAAGUGCCAAAAAAAUGCCAAGAAACCUUUCUUCGAAGAACCUUUGGUUUGUAGAGUCUACGUUGACAAAGAUGAAAACUGAAUCUACGACGUGAACCCAGGUAUUAACUACUUUACAUAGCUUAAGGUAUAGAGCAAGAAAAAAUUGACUUGUUGCAACUAGCUACAGCAUAAAACCUCAUGUAUACGUUUAUCAUUUGUAAUUCUUACUGGAUUGCGUAAGGUUAGCAGCCCCCAAUCUUACUGACCUCCUAUUGUUUAGGUGUUAUGAUACUUGUUUCAGAUCACAGCACUUCAGAAUUUGAUCACUAGUACCUAAGAGGUCAUUCCAUGUCCGGAUGACAUUAGUUUAAAGUGUACGUACACCUUGACAUGGUACAAUCUAUUGUAAAGCUAAAGCAAAAUGGCUCAUCCCGCUGCGCCCAGCGACACUGAACCGAAGAAGAUAUCGCCACAAUCAGCAACAGCUACAGUAACUAUGGAAGGUUUUGAGCAGAUACAGUUUGUUCCAAGAAUGAUGGUUUGCAUAUAGAGCAACGCCAAAUAUCGCACAUCGUGCGGAGCGCGAAUCCCUAUUCGCAAGAAAUGUUUACGAUGCGGAAAGUUAGGGUGCUGUGGUCACGACAGAGCGGUGGAUCUCGGUUAUGCUUAUUGGCCUCUCAUAAAUUGAGCAGCACCAUAAUUUUGAGGGGUAUAAAAAUUGAGCUCCUCGUAUAUACAGUGAAAGACUCCUUGCGGAUGCUGUUCAUUUCUAGUUUACGCAGAGCA